UCCUUUUAAGCUUGCAAAUUUUUUUUGGACACUUCUUGAGCAGCUGUGUAACUGGAGUGAGAGCACAUACAUACAGGCUUCUCUCUUUCUCUCUCUCUCUCCACAGGACUGGCUUCCAUCCCCAGCACAGUGAGCCCAGGUUCAAUCGGUAUUUUCAAUCCCAGUUUGACAUUUCCAGCCAUGGCAGACUCCAUGCAGACUGAAGAGCAUGAGCAGGAGCGGGAGCAGGAGAGCCCUGAGGUUCCAGAGCCACAAAAGCACAAUGAGAGCCCUAAAGCAGAGCCUCAGUUCAAUGGGGUACUGGUGCUCACUCUCCUGGACAAAGUGGUGGGCAUGGUCGAUCAGAUCCAAACCAGCCAGCAGCAGCUGGAGCAGCGGCAUCUGGAGAUGGAAAGCGCCGUCUUCACCAUUCAGAACGAGCUGAGCAAGCUCACCAAGUCGCAUGCAACCUCCAGCAACAGUGUCAACAAGAUGCUGGAGAAGAUUCGGAAAGUCAAUGUCAAUGUUAAGACCAUCAAGCACAACAUGGAGAAGCAGGCAGCGCAGAUCAAGAAACUUGAAGCAAAUGAGGCCAUGCUACAACGGAAUAACUUCAAAGUAAUGAUUUAUCAGGAUGAAACACCAAUGCCUUCAAAAUUGAGCCUUGGUAAGUCUAUAAAAGAAAGCCUGAAAGCACCAGAGGAAAGUGAAGAAGGAAAAGAGCUUGUAUCUAAUGAGGAGAAACCUGAAGGUGAAACCAUCUCGCUCUCCUCUGAUGAAGAGAUUGAACUUGAAGUCAUUGAAGAGGAAACAACAGCCGUUCGUCUGAAGAAGAGCAGCCUGAAGCGAAUGGAUGACUUCAAGAAAGCAUUCUCCAAGGAAUCCAUGGAAAAGGCCAGGCAAAGGACAAAGGAAAAUCUGCAGAGGACCCAAUUAAGAACAAGGGAGAAUAUGGAGAAAACCAAGCAAGCGACAAAGGAAAAUCUGAAAAAGACAAGGUAUACACUUGAAAAGAAAAUGAAUAAGCUCGGCAACAAGAUAGUAACGCAGGAGCGGAAGGAGAAGCUUAGGGACUCCAGAUCAAGGCUGAAGAAGUCCUUCACACCAAACCAUCAAAAACAAGCACGGUGUCGGACAACCGUCUACAGGAUCCCACCGUUUACAUUCUUGGUUAAAAAGAUGAGAGACGGGGAUGUGGUGGUGCAGGAGGUGGAGAUGAUAGAAGGUCAGGGAGAGGAACACAUUGUAGAAGAUGAAGACCACACCGAUCUCCUUAUUGAAGAAGUCCAUGAGGAAUCACUGGAGGAUGAUGCAGAUAUGGAGACUGAACUCCUGCUUCAGAAAAGGAGAAUUGAGUAAUGACUUUAUUUAGUGGAAGAGAUGUCACAUGGUUCUUGCUAGUUGGCUGAGGCAAAUAGAAAGGAAGGAGUGAAAAGUUUUCAGAAUAGCAGAUUGUAAAGUACAAAUGCAUUAGGAAAUUUAUGUUGCACAACUUUGUUAUCCUCUCAUCUUAGUUAUUCUAAGGACAUUGCCAGUAAACGUUGCAUUGAUGAGAUAAAGCAAGCUGUUUGUCAUCUCAUCACUAGAAUACUAAACAGGAUUUCAUUUCCCAGUCAAAUCAGUUUUAGGAAACAGCCUUUUAAAAAUGCACUUGUGACUUUAUAAGUUACAUUAUGAGUACAUUAAAUAAUAAGCUGGAUUUUCCCGAGUGGGGCCCACCGCCCGCACUCACCACUUGGAUUUGCCUUCCCUAGACCUUCAAGGUCAAUCUCACCAGCUCAAGGUGCAAAGCCCUGAGUCACACCAAGAUGUGGUGUGUCAUAACUAGGUCAGGUGGGUGGGCCAGAAUAAUCCAGCUCACCAAGUCUUUAUCAGCUGGUGAUGCCUCAACUCUGAUUGUUGUCAAAACUGUUGAAGUUUCUCAGUGCAUCUGAACUUCAGACAUUUUGAAAAAUUAUACAAGCUGAAACAAUUUUAAAAAAUGACCAUCAAAAAUUGGAAUUGUAUCAAAUAAAAUAACUUCCAAAUAGUUUUGAAUAAUUCAAUCAUUAAACCAAUAUUAAAAAUUAAAAAUAAUAUACCUUAUUCAUGUCUCCCACGGUUCCCUUUCAAAUAAAUGGGCUUGUGAUCCUGCAGCAGUUUUCAGUAUUUAAAUGUAGACUUCUGCAUUUACACAGAAAUUCCAAAACCUGUCAAUACAUAUGCUGAGGAAUGCUGAUGGUUCCAUGUAAAACCCAGCAAAACCUAGGCCAAGUAUCAAAUGUGAAGGGUGUUCAGAAAUAAGUGUGUGAGAAAGAUUAAUGCAUGCUUUCAAACUGAGAUGACAGUUGUAAUCAGGAGGAUACCUAAUGUAUGUGCAAUUAGUUUCUGCAUUGGAGAAACUUGUAUAUAAUGAAGGGUUUUAAAGGUAAAGAGAUUUUUAUGAAGAUUAAUUCGGGUUAUUCGCCUUUUUAAUUGAUUUCAUUUCCCUCAAACAGCAUAAUAUGCUGGCUAUAUUUAUCAAUCAGUUAACAUUAGAUUGCAAAACCAAGGACGAAAAGAAAUGUCACUUUUUUUUCUGCUGCACUCUCAUCGGCAGCCACAUAAAGUAUAAUCUAACUCAAUAGCUUUUCUAACCUGAGUUUUGAUGACAUUAGCUUAUGGUGGCAGUUGAAAAAAAUAGAUAAGGUUUUGCAUAUUACAACACAGGCAGGGGAAAGAUAAAAUUAAGCCUUGUUAUUCAGAAGGGUUAAACUUGGUCCAGUCAGGAUGUGAAAAGAAGGCCAGAGAAUGGGGAAUGAUUCAGAAGGUUAAUGUGCUUUGUAUUGCUAUGGCAAUGGAACAUGAAAAAAAGUGGAAUGAAAUAUUGCUCUUGCCAACGAGUGAAAAGAAGGGACCUUGUAUGACGUCAAUGCUUUUGUCUAUACAAAAUGAAAUAUCUUUUGCAUUCAUGGAUUAGCUGGCAAAUCAAUUACUGGAUACAUUUUACCUUUCCAGUUUUCUGUUAUUUGCUUUUACACGCAGUGACCAUAUUAACAGGCAGAGCUGUAGUGUGUUGCAUGAUACAAGCUUUAAAACUGCAUCACUAUUGUGUAAUAAUAAAAAUUCAUUUUAAGAAUUUAUAUACUUAUCGCAUCAACCUGCUGUAGCAGCUGUGUAUAAGGAAUAGAAGAUAGUUGAUGAGUUGUGUAAGUAACAUCUUGAACUUUGGAAAGGAGAUUUUGCAGCUCAUUGAGGAAUUUAUAAAUUUUCUUCAGUGUACAAUUUUACUGCAAAACAGUCCUACACUAUAGUUCUUUUAACUCUAUGCAAUAAUAUACAAGCAUUUUUUUGCAUUUAGCAAGAAUAUACUUAAGUAAUUAUAUCUGCAAUAUCAUCACCAGAUUUACUGUUAUAAAUUGAGUAGCUCCUGUAAAUCUGUCAUACUGUAAUUACAUUCUCCUGCCUUUAGAAGUGCUAUAGUGUCACCACUGGCAAGAACUAGCUCAUAAGAGCAAAACUAAUUCACCUGGCCAGUGUCCACUGUAAAUGUGGACAGACCAAUUUCAAAUGAAAAUAUAAAGCAAAGGCAAAAUUAUAACCUUAAAAUGGGCUAUGUCUGUGCACUCUGAUCCAAAUAUCCUCUGCCCCUUGCUCCUGUUUAGACUUGUUUGCCCAUAAGUAAUUUCAUGGGAGAUUGAUAAGCAAUAUUUUACAAACCAAUGAAAAAAAAGACAUAAAUUAAUAUUUCAACUUUCAAAUAAUUAAUGACCAUGGAAAUAUAUAACGUGACAUUAGAAUAUAAAUUCUUUACAUUUGUAUGAAAUAUUGUCUGCAAUUAUAAUGAAUGCUUGUUUGAAAUAAAUGGGCUGACUCUGUUCAAUAAGUAGAAAUAGUAUUUUAUACAAAUGCGCUAAAUGCUUAUAGCUACUAUACAAUACAAUAUCAUGGUUAAUAUUCCAAAUAUGAUUUAGCUUGGAUUUCAUAAAUAAACACAUCUAUUAUUUUUCAAUGACACUUGGAAAUCUGCAAUUAAAAUGUUUGGGUAUGACAUAUUUUGGAAUAAGUAUAAACACUUUCCAAGUACCAUAGUUUAGAAAUUGGACAUUAUAUGUCUGAGAUCUAAAUGCAUACUGGUGGUUAGUAACAGUGUGUUAUCAUAAGAGUAUGUGAUUGAGAAUGAAGAGGCAAAGGACUUCAGAGCAGUUGGCUCGUUCCAUCUCAGUCAGUCAACCACACAUAAUGCUUCUCAACAUAUGUACCAAUCCCUUCACUCUGGAAAAGCUUACCAAAUUCACUUUGCCACAAAUAUGUUGUCUGUUUCAAUGCUAUAUGCCCAGUUCCUGCUAAUCCACAUAUUUAAAGGCAUUCUUCCUUAUGCUUUGACAGCUCAUUCUUUACAACUUCCUCUUUAAAGCUGUAUUUGUUUAAUGGAACUACAGUUUUCUUCAAAUGCUGUCACAUCUGAAUGCAGAAGGGGUGCUGCAGUACGAAGAGGUAGUUUCAUGUUUGCAGUAUGUAUUUUUUCAACAGAAUAUAAACUUCCAAAAUGUAUAUUUCUAUAAAGCAUUGAGUUCACUUUGAAUGGUUUGCUUAAAUAUAUGACUGUACUCUGGAUAUCAGCAUGAAACAAGAAAAUAAAUGACAUAUUGAAUAUCUAUGUUUUAAGGCAUAAAAAAUCAGAAUUGAUACUUGGCUUACAACCUAGCAAUAGCAAUUAUGAAUGAACAUUAUGUAGCAGACUUUAAAUAUUUGCCUACCGUAUUCUGUACUUCCAUUUUGCUUAACAAUUCAUAAUAAAAAUUAGUCUGAUAGACAGGAA